AUGUUAGGUGCCCGAGCCAGAGCUGCAGAGUAUCAUGCUUUCAAAGCCGCUUCUGCAAGACAAGCGAGUCGUGAAGCAGAAGAGCACAAGUUGCCUCCGAAGCCUGCCCCCGUUUCUUUGAGCGCCUUCACCAAAAAUCCCCAGCUGAACCGCAACAAGGGUCCAAAAGCAUGGAAGCCGCUGAUCUUGGAAGAUCCCCUUGAAGACUACAUUGACAAUUUCGAGGAUGAUCAAGAGGCGAUUUCGACCCCAACCCAUCAGAAAGUAGUCAACCGCAGUAGCUCCAUGAGCCAUGGUUCCGACAGUGCUCCCGUGCCGAGUAACCCCCUGCCGACAUGGUUCGAAGACAAGAACCAGAACUCGACAAUCCCCACGGCACCCAAGGCAAUGCUGGGAACAUUCUUGCAGACGCCGUCGCCGCUUGUCAACCCGACUCCUCGACGCAUCCAGCCACAUGCCAUCGUUCAGCACGCGCAGCAAAGCAGCCAUCCCAGUGUAAAUAGCUCCCCGAGUAAUGCCUCUGGAAUUUGUGGGUUCCCAUACCCUGGUUUGACAUGGUGGUUUGACUCACAUGGUAUGCCCGUGUUAGGUCCAGCCGCGAUGCCCACCUUCCAUCCCGGUCAAUAUCAGGGCAAUUUGAUGGUGCCAGACGAUAUCAGUCCCUCAAAGCAGGAGAACAAACUCGCGUCACUGUCUUACGAACACAUGGAUCCAUCUGCGAGUUUGGUCACUCCACAUCAUCACCUCCUACCCUUGACAGGAAUUAUCGGAAGCUCGAUAAUGCCGCCAAUGUCAUUUGUUCCCUAUGAAGAUGAAGCUGAUCCUGGCAAUCAUUGUCAAACCUGGGCCCUUCCAUCGGGAUCAGUCGAACAUCCGGUGAUGCAACAUGUGAAUUCAGACGGCGCUGUCCAUAUUGAUGGAAACAUCUCAGAAGCCUCUUCCUUGUCGAUGCCGAAUGCUAUCAGACGUUUCUCAUACCCCAAUACUAUCAACGAGCCGCCAUCGACACAGGGAUCGGUAACAGACCAGGCAACGCGUCGGCUUCUUCAGCAGGCAAUCCACCCAGUCCUUGUCCUACCCGAUGACGAACCAUACAACCGCAAGAACAAGAUGCAGAGUUUUGUCGCAGCACAACAGGCAUUGGCAAAGACGGGGAAAACAGUCCUUCACAAUCCUGAUCUACAUCGACUUAAGGCGAGCGAGUCUACUUCGCCAGCGCGCUCCACCAGCGACACCACAACAGCAGAAGGGACUUACCACUUCCAAACGUAUAGCCCAGGAUCCGUUAUCGUUCGGAAAGCUCCUCCUGGGUUUGACCCCCGGUGGACCUCUCAAACCAUUGCACAAAGCACCACCAAAGCCGCCUCUCCCUUUGGUGGCUCGACCCUGCGAGAGAUCUUUGAGGUCGGAAAGGAAGAGUGGUUCGAACUCAAACCAGUCAGCAAGAGCCAGCGCAUGAAGAUGAGUCGAGUCAUGAAGAUAUGUGCCAGAGCACAGAGUCCCGAUGCACCCCAAGGCUUUCUACAUGUAUCGCAGACGGAGAGGAAGGAGAAUCUUCAAAAUUGGAUACGAAUCGCCACCAGAGAUAACAAGCCACUUACGGGUGCUCAGAAGUUGUUUGAGCAGGUUGCCCAAGAAUGUCAUGCUAGCCAUGUGUCCAUCGACCGAGGUGGCAGAAAAGGAGCCUUCAGCGACAAAAUGUCCGAUGUGGAGAUCGAGAGGGCCGCAAUUCGCUCAGUUGGAGACAUCAUCGCCAACUUGAUGGAGUCUGCAGAAUCAUCGGAGCUGGGAGUGGACUCUAACGCCGUGGUGUGCAAGUACAAGCCAGCACCAGAGUAUGCAAUUGAGAGAGGCCGGCUUCUGAUGGGCAACAUUGGGAGCACAAGCUUCUUUGAAGAGAACACGGGUGGGUUCUAUAGCGCCCCCAGCAGGAUUGCCCGCGACCCUAGGUUUCGACCAGCCGGAAAAGAAGCUAUCAAGGCGAAGUCAGAGGAGGAAUGGAAACUCCGACACGACAUGUACGGGAGAAGAAGGAUGUAG